AUGUUUAAGCAAAUUAUGAUCGUGGCGUUGCUGAGCGUUUCGCUCACCAGAGCCACGCUGUUUAAGAAAAAGAUCGUACUCAGCUCGGAGAGUGACGGUGGCCAUGGCGGUGGAGGUGGCGGUGUGUCAUUGGGCGGUGGAAGCUUCGGACUCUCGUUCGGCGGUGGCCUGUUCGGAGGCGGUGGAGGAUCUGAUGGUGGCUAUGGAGCGGGUCAUGGUGGUGGACACGGUGGUUCCACCGGCGGAGGCUACGGUGGUUCCACCGGUGGAGGCUACGGUGGCUCAUCGGGUGGUCAUACUGGAGGAGGAUACUCUGGAGGCGGCUCUGGAGGACCGAUUCAUUCGGGACCAUCGAGUCAUGGAGGUGGCGGUGGAGGACACUCCUCAAGUGGUGCCUUUGCCAGUGCAAGUGCAAGUGCUAGUGCCAGUGCCGGUGGUGGUGGAAGCGGACAUGGUGGUCAGGGAGAGUAUUCGAGCUACGGCAACCAAGGAUCGCAUGGGGGACAGGGCGGACACGGUCAACAGGCAUCGUUCGGAGGCUCCGGAGGUCACAACGUACACACGCCGGCGGAUCAUUUAACGCCACCGGGCAAUUCUGGACACCAGGGAGCCGGUUCGUCGAACGGUUAUUCGAACAGCUUUGCUAACGCUGGCGCCAACGCAGGUGCUCAUGCCGGAGGUGGUUCCCUCGGCGGUGGAUCCCAUCAAAGUCCAUCGCAGGGAUAUCCUUCCGCCGGUGGUCAUCACCAGCAUCAGACGGGUGGCGGUUUCACGAAGCAGAUCACCAUCACCAAACACCACGAGGCACCUCAACCGACGCGCACGAUCGUGGUCGAGAAGCCGGUCGCUGUUCCGGUCGAUCGGCCGUACCCGGUGUACAUCGAGAAGCAGGUCCCGGUGACGGUUGUGAAGGAGGUUCCGGUUGGUGGCAAUACCGGUGGUGGAUACGCGGGUGGAGCUGGAUACGGUGGUGGUAAUGCCGGUGCCACUGCGACUGCGACGGCGACUGCACAUGCGAGUGCUGGCGCUGGCGGGGCCGGCUACGGUGGAGGAUACGACGGAGGGCACCGCGGUCCUGCUGUAGGCGGUGGCUAUGGAGGAGAUGGCGGCCACGGAGGAGGUGGCCACGGAGCUGGUGGCCACGGAGCAGGGGGCAGCGUCGGAGGUGGUUACGGAGGAAGCCACGGCGGAGGUGGGGGUCACGGAGGACAUGGUGGAGCCACGUUCACGAAAACCAUUUCGUUCGAAAAAACGUUCAACAAGCACAAACACCAUUUGCAUCACCAUGGAUGGUAGAAUGCGCUUACGAGCAAAAUUUAAUGCUUGUUCAGUGAAACCAGUUUAAAAGUCAAUUAAGUUGCUUGAACCCAAGAAAGUUUGCGAAGAAAAGUUUUUAUAAAUACCAUUAU